UGUAAUUAUUUCUUCAAGCAAGGACUACCCACAACAACAAAAUGGCCACGAUUGUGGAAUGUUUGUAAUGAAGUACAUGGAAUCACUGUUCGAGGAAAAUGAAAUAUUGGAAGAGUUUGAUCCUAUUGAAGCGAGACUGGAUUGUGUUGGGAAAAUUGUCACCCACGAGAGUAACAAGGCUAAACAUGCUGUGAUGGAGGGAGUUAAGAAGCAAUUUGGAUUGAGCAAAACCAAAGUUCUUCCAUCAACAUCUACAACUAUAGCAUUACGUAGUCCAUCAAGGUCUCCUCGAGACCCCCGAUUCAAGACAGUCGAAGGCCGUGUCCGAAAACAUGUGGACUGGCAAGAGCAAGUCCCCGAAAACACGUCAUUCUAA